GGGAAAUAGUUUGGGUCACGUGACACGCGCCACACCCGGAAGCAGGAAGUUCUCGCCGCACCUGUCGCGAAGAUUCAUUUCUCGAAAAUUCCACUCAAGCUUCUCUUUCUUUUAUUCAACCUGCGCUUCUUUCAUGUCGUUACUUGAGGUUUCCACGGAGGAGGCAGCGGCGUCGUUCGCGGCGGUGGCAUUGGUGACCGAGGCGACGUCGCCGCCGCCGACUCCCCCAAAGAAGCCGCCCGCGACGUCGUCGCCGCCCGCGACGUCGUCGUCGCCGCCGACGCCCCCAAAGAAGCCGCCCGCGACGUCGCCGCCGCCGACCCCCCCAAAGAAGCCGCCCGGCGCCAAAACUGAGGAGCCGGCGACUACCCGCGCAGUGAGCCAUUGCCAGUUCGGAGACCCAUCCGGAGAGCCACCGCUGUCUCUGAAUCAAUUUAAAUGCAAGAAGUUCUUCGUCCUCAGGCCUGGCACGCUGCACCAAGCCAUCAAAGAUGUUAAAGUUCUGGUGGAUCCACAAGUCGACGGCAACAUUCUCGGCGUCUGGCUUAUGGCAGAGGUGGAUCACUGGAACAACGAAAAGGAGCGCCUGACCGUCAUCACCGACAACUUCCUGCUGAUCUGCAAGUACGACUUUAUCAUGUUCCAGUGCGAGCAGAUCCAGAAGAUCCCGCUCAACAUGAUUGAUCGCAUCUGCUACGGGAACUUCACCUUCCCGCCCAAUUCCGUACUUUACCGCGAAGGCGAAGGCUUGCGGGUCUUCUGGGACCGCUUAAGAGAGCCGACCCUCUUGUCCUGGUGGAACCCCUUCGCCACCGAUCUGCCAUACGUGACCUUCACGUCUCAUCCCGUGAGAAUGAUCGACGAUGCCUACGCCACCAUUUGCCACAUGGAGAACUUCCGUGAGCAGCUCAAAGAAGCGGCACAGAAGGCCCACAAAGCCAAGCCGGUACCCGGGAAGGCCAAUGGUGUCCUGCUGCUGAACCAGGACAUCUCCAUCAAGGCCUACUUUGGCUUCAUGUCCUUCCUGGGCAACACCAACAAAAUGGGCUACUGCGUAGCGCGGGGAAACCUCGGCUUUUAAAGCUAGCUUCCUUUGAACCCCGGAAGAGCUGGAAGAAAUAGCGGCCGGGGAAAAGGAAGUUUGCCGAAGCUGACGCCUCCACGACCCAAGCCCGACUAAACGGUAGAUAAUGGAUGGAUGAAUGUUUGGGGUCUUGUCGUUUGCAUUCCAGUUAAAAAGGGGCCUCGUAGAAAAUUAUUGGGCAGAUUAUAACACAAACUUUAUAGUCUUAUUUAUAUUACGGUUACAUUUGAUUGUGUCGUGACGGUAAAGCGGGUAUUUUGUUACAGCAAAGCAGGUAUUGGUUUUUAUUGACUAUUUGUAUUUAUAGCAUCAACAAAUCACUUGUAGAAAAAAUAAAAACCAAUAAAGAUUUCUUUUUUUAUGCAA